AUGAGCACCCCAGAGAUAUUUUCAAAACAUAAGGGUAGAAGGGAGACUCUUGUGGAUUUCUACCAUUUCGAGGAACAAAAAAUGAGGGGGAGAGCUGCAAGUACGAUUCAGAGAGCCUGGAGAAGAUGGCUGGAUGUCGGUGUGUUUGACUACUAUAAAGAUCUAAUCGGCUUCAAGCAAUGUGGGGAACCUUCACGUCUGAUGAGGUACAUUGAACCUAAAGAGGCGGAACUCUUAGAUGCUGCAGCUGGGGUGCAUAUCAGAUUCAGACUAGGUGGGCUAAAGUUUCCUCCAUGCAUAUAUUACAAAGUAUUUACCCACAGACCUGUUGUGGAUAUGUGUGCUAACAGUCCUAAAGACUAUGCAAAGCUUGCAACCCUAAAGGGGCAACGAGGAAAGUCCCAGGGAGAAAAAGGGGAGGACUCAUGUGGGUGGUACCAACGGAUAGAGAAUAAUGGCUGGAGACUUCUUUCCCCCAGGUUUUGGAAGACCCUGGACAGUGUAACUGCUGAAGACAACGUUAAAGUAAAGGAAUUUCAUUAUAGCAAGGUGCUGAAGAAACAAGUAAUAGAGAAAAGAAGAAAAAAGAAAAAAAUAGAAUGGCUGAAAAAAAUGUACCAUGGACAAAGCCUGCAGGUUAAAACGCUGGACCCAACCAAAACCUUCUUAAUCCAACGAGCAGCGGAAGGGUUAAUUUCCUGCCUGGGAACCGAAGGAUUUGAUGGCGUGAUGGAAUGGGAAGUGGACGAAAUGUUAAAAUGGACGAACGCGCUCGACUAUGAAGAGUACGUCAAGCAAUGGAAGGCAAUUGGAACAAGCAAGCUUUCGGAAGACUUCUCAGGUUCCUGGUUUACUAAAAGCUACAAACCACCUGAAUCAUCUGAGAGACAAGAGAUGAUCCAAAAUGCACCUCAACAGCAACAGAGUUUAGUUAAAAAAAUGUCAAUAUCAAGAAGUAUCCUGUAUAACUGA